AAAAUAAUUUGCACAAUAGUUAUGUUUUUGUGAAAAAAGUUAAUAGAAUCUUAGAAAAUAUUAAAAGAUAACAAAGUGUGUUUGAAAAAGAAUACUCAGUUUUUGUUACACAAAUGUCAAAAAUUAAAACAUAAAUUAAAUCAUAGCUAAUUUGGGAGUCAAAAGUAGGCUAGAAUCAGUUUCGUCAUAAAAAAUGGCAAUACAAAAUACGCAUCAUAAAGCUGGCGAAGAGGCCGGCGAUAAUGUAGUUGGUAGUACAAACACACAGCUUAAAGAAAACAAAUCUAAUGCACUAAAAGAUGACCCGCGAUUUCGGAUACGAACCUCACAACAGGUGGCCUCAGCGUGCACAGGGGCUAUGUUAACAGCUACUUUUAUGACUCCCUUGGAUGUGGUAAAAACAAGACUGCAGGCUCAGCAAACACAAAUGUCCAAUAAAUGUUUCCUUUAUUGCAAUGGACUAAUGGACCAUUUAUGUCCUUGUGAUCCUAAAUACCAAAACUCAAAACCAGUUCAGCUUAAUGGUACCAUAGAUGCCUUAGUUAAAAUUAGCCGCUCCGAGGGCCUGGGUUCCUUAUGGUCUGGCUUAAGUCCCACCUUAGUCUCUGCAUUGCCUUCUACUGUUAUUUACUUUGUGGCAUAUGAACAAUUUAAAGAACGUUUCCUAAAGUUUCACUACAAGUACCUGGCUGAUGUUAAAGGCUCUCCUAGAGGACGAGAUAUUCCUAUCCUCGUACCUCUAUUAGCUGGUGUAACGGCCCGUGUGUGUGCCGUAACCGUUGUCAGCCCCGUUGAGCUUAUACGCACGAAAAUGCAAUCGGAAAAAAUGACUUAUGCCCAAAUCACUUCGGCCAUACGGACAGUGGUACAAACACAAGGCAUAUUGGGUUUGUGGCGUGGUCUACCGCCCACUAUACUGCGUGAUGUACCAUUUUCCGGCAUUUAUUGGACUUGUUAUGAAUCCAUAAAAUCCCAAUUCAAUGUUGUAGAACCCACAUUCACCUUUAGUUUCUUUGCCGGUGCAAUAUCCGGCUCGUUAGCAGCCACAAUUACAACCCCCUUCGAUGUGAUAAAGACCCACGAACAAAUCGAGUUUGGUGAAAAAGUGAUAUUUGCAGAUAAACCCGCAAAAGAUUUACCCUCUCGUGGGGUUAUGCAACGACUCGCGUCUAUAUAUGCUCUAAAUGGUCUACGUGGCGUAUUUGCUGGUUUGGGCCCUCGUCUAUUUAAGGUGGCACCCGCCUGCGCAAUAAUGAUAUCAACAUUUGAAUAUAGCAAAUCAUUUUUUUAUCAACACAAUGUCCACCAUUACAACGAAAAUUUAAUUGUUGCAAGUAAAAAUAAUGUUUAAAUUUAUAAUAAUCAUAUUACAUAUUAUAAUACAGAUGUAUAAUAUUCCUAUAAUUUUAUUAUACAUAGUAAUAAUUGUUGUGUACAGUUUUAAGUUUCAGUUUUUCUACGUGUGCAAACGACAUAAGUUUUUUAUAUUAGAAAUACUAUACAGAAUGUAUUUAAACCAAAAAAAAAAUAGAACUAGAUUAUGUAAUUAUUUUGCAUAUGUUGUAAAGAAUUGACUAUGAAAAAUGUUGUUCUUUAUAAAUAGUUUAAAUUUUGUUAAAUUUUCUUUUUAAUAAAAAGGAAAUCAGUGUUUAUUAAAA